UCCUACAACUUCCUGUUUAAGUGUUAACCUCCUGUAUGAACAUGCGACCAUGUUGUGAGACUUUAUGAGGAAGAAAGUUUAACCUUCAUUCUCUUCAUUAUUGCUGUCCAUUACACGGUAAAAGUAGUACUGGUCUGAACUCCACCAUAGCUCAGAGGUGCCUCAGAUAUGAAUAAGAAAAUGUGAUCAUUUUAUUGUAUGGGUCAUUACGGACAAGGUUUCGUAGAUGAUUAAGCAGGUUAGAUCUACAAUUAAUCUGCUGUAAAUUCUUGCUUGCUGUGACAUCUACAGUACAACCCCCAACCUUAGAUCCUUUUGCAAUAACAACCAUUCAACGGGAUAAAGCACUGAGGGCCAACUUUUAAGAGUAUUUCGAAAACUCAAGCACUGGGUACAGAAUCUUUAUCUUACGUUGAAUAAGUGCUUUCUGAUACACCGUGUAAGACUUGUGAAUUCACUGAUAAAAUGUUAAACUAUUUGAGGAACACAUACAUCAAAUUAGUGAUAAUGGCUUGUUUUCUUGGAGUUGGCAGUUCUUCGCCAACCAACAAGACUAUUCCAUGCUCUAUUACAGAAAAGAACAACUCUGUUGUCUUUGACUGCAGUGCUCGUAGUCUGAAAACAGUGCCACAUCCUAGUGACUAUAAUUCAAAAUCUGUUGUCCUGUUAUUAAAGCAAAACAUCAUACAGAACAUAGAUCAAUCAUGUUUUCAAGAAUGGCAAAAUCUUACAAAAAUAGACAUAAGCAUAAAUCACUAUCCAAAGUCAAGACUUGACAAUGUCAAUAAAUGUAAAAGAGGACUUGAGAUAAGAAACGGAACAUUUUCCAACUUGACAAAACUGGAGCAGUUAAUCAUAGACUCUAAUUAUUUAUGUGAAAUUCCUCCUGGAUUGCCAGACAGUAUAAGCAUGUUGAGUUUUCAGUAUAACUAUAUUUUCUCAAUCAACAGGACAAGUUUCUCUAGCAUUAAGCAUCUGAGGAAACUAAAUUUGGGACGUAACUGUUAUUAUGGUAAUAAAUGCCCUGGCAAAUUGGACAUUGAAAAUGGAACAUUUACAGACUUGAAGGAAUUAACUGUGCUAAACCUGUCAUUUAACAACAUAACCAGUGUGCCACAGGACUUGCCUUCAUCACUGAAAGAACUUCAUUUAAGCAAUAACAGGAUAAAAGUAAUUCACCGAGAUGACUUUAAAAAUCUAGUAAACUUAGAAAUUCUUUAUCUGAGUGGGAACUGUCCACGAUGUUAUAAUGCUCCAUAUCCAUGCUAUGAAUGUCCUGGAAAAUCUUCUAUUGAAAUAGAUGAGUUUGCUUUUCAAAACCUUGCAAACCUUAGUACACUUCACUUAGGCAGCACAUCUCUGAGCUCCAUUCCAAAAACAUGGUUUCAGAACACAACUCGGUUAAAAAUUCUAAAUCUUGCAUUAAAUUACUUAAUGACUGAAAUUUCAACAGGAGAAUUUUUCCGUUAUUUACCUUCCUUGGAAGUAAUCAACUUAAACUUUAACUACAACUUUCGAUCUUAUCCCAAAAAUAUUAACAUUUCUGAGAAUUUUUCAAAAUUAGUAUCACUUAGGGAGUUGUACAUAAGAGGUUAUGUGUUUAGAGAUGUUACUGCUAAGAACUUGGCCCCACUCACAAAACUAAAGAAAUUGACUAUCUUGGACCUUGGAAUAAAUUUUAUUAGAAAUGUUGACUUUGAUUUAUUUAAGAACUUCCCAAGUCUUUCUAUACUUUAUUUAUCUGAGAACAGAAUAUCUCCUUUUUCUGAAACCAUUAACAAAAGCAAUACUAUAGAGACCUUUUACAGUAGUUUCUCCAAACCAAUACAGUCACAAUUUUCUCUUCUUUUAUGGUAUGAUACUGAAACCUCUCCAGCAAUUAUUACUCCAGAGAAUCAACUUGUUAAACCCCAGUGUAGUAAAUAUGGCAAAACAUUAGACCUAAGCUCAAAUAGUAUUUUCUUCAUUGAUCCAGAAGAAUUUAGGGCAUUUUCAGAUAUUGCUUGUUUAAACUUGUCUUCAAAUGGGAUCGGUCAGGAUUUAAAUGGAUCAGAAUUUAUUUAUUUUCCAAAUCUAGCGUAUUUAGAUUUGUCAUACAAUAAACUAGAUUUUGCUUCCUUCGGUGCUUUUCAAGAACUAAAACAGUUGGAAGUCUUGGAUAUAAGUUAUAAUGAUCACUAUUUUAUUGUAGAAGGUGUAACUCAUCAUCUGCACUUCAUUGAAAAUCUUCACAAGCUUACCAUUCUAAACUUAAGUGGUAAUAAGAUCUCUACUCUUACUGAGCCUGAAAUUAAAAGCAAUUCUUUGAAAGAAUUGAGGUUUGCAGGAAAUCGCUUGGAUGUCUUAUGGGGAAAGGGAGACACACGCUACUUAAAUCUAUUUAAGCAAUGUACCAAUCUUUCACUGCUUGAUAUUUCACAUAACAAGAUCCUUAUAAUGCCUGAUGAAGCAUUAAUUAACCUACCUACAAACCUUUCUGAACUUUAUUUAAAUCAUAAUGAAUUACAGUUUUUUGAUUGGAAGAAUUUGAGAUACUUUAAGAACCUGAAGAUUCUUGACUUAAGUCACAAUAGGCUAACAAUGAUAAUUGCACAUUUGAGCAAUUAUACACAAUCUUUGCAAACACUUAUAAUCAGUCACAAUUCAAUCCAAACUUUAGCAGAUGGCUUUCUUCUCAAAGCUGUAAGUCUUACUCACCUUGAUUUAAGUUUCAAUCUUAUUCAGUCCAUUAAUAAGUCAAUAUUUUUGUCUGGGAAUGAUAAUUAUCUAAAGGUUUUAAAACUGAAAGGAAACCCAUUUGAUUGUACAUGUGAAAUCAUUGACCUUGUGCAGUGGAUCAUAAAAAAUAAUGUCACCAUUCCACGGCUAGCCACUGAUGUUACUUGUGCCACACCUAAUAACUGGAAGAAGAAAGGGAUUAUAACUUUUGACAUACAGACCUGUAAUGUGGACAUGAUAGCAAUGCUGCUGUUUCUAACAUCAUCACUGGUAAUUGUUCCACUAACUGCAUUACCAGUUCUGAAACAUUUGUUUUAUUGGGAUGUGUGGUAUAUAUACCACUGGUGCAAGGCAAGAUUCAAACGUUUCAAAGUUUGUUCUUCGGGGAGCGUGUAUGACGCAUUCAUCACAUAUGACGAGACAGAUCCAGCUGUUACUGACUGGGUUUAUAAUGAACUUUGCCACCAGAUUGAGGACAAUGGAAACAAAAGCAUACUUCUCUGCCUAGAAGAAAGAGACUGGGAGCCAGGAAAAGCUGUCAUAGACAAUAUUGCACAAAGUAUUAACCAAAGUAAAAAGACAUUAUUUGUUCUCACAAAAAAAUACAUAAGAAGAGGAAAGUUCCGGACAGCUUUCUACCUGGCCAUGCAAAAGCUGAUGGAUGAGAAUAUGGACGUAAUUGUCAUUGUACUGUUACAGCCUGUUCUACAAAAUUCCCAGUACCUGAGACUCAGGAAGAAAAUCUGUAAGAGUUCUAUUUUGGAAUGGCCCAAAAAUCCCAAAGCAAAACCCUUAUUUUGGCAAAAAAUGAAAAAUGUUUUAUUGACAGAAAACUAUACCAGAUACAAUAAUAUGUAUACUGAUUAUAUCGCUAUGUAGAAGUGAAAUAUCAUUAAAAUGUGAUAUGUUGAAUAAUGAAAUGUACUCCUGUUGGUCCUAUUAGCUGGGGUUCCUUAGACCCACCAGAGGAGAUGAUCUUGAGGUGCCCCUUCUACCUAUAUAGAACAUCUUUGUUGUUAUAAUUGUGCACACACGACAUAUGUUAUCAAUCAUACUAUAAGAAAUAUACCCUAGUGACAAUUGAUUGUCUCCAAAGCCAUCUCCAAAUGGGACAGUCUUCUGCUGGAUCUUUGGGGUCCAUUACUGGUACUUUUGUGGGUCAGUCUUACCAUGGAUGCUUGACUGGACAUAAUAUCAGCUGACUGCCUCUGGAUAAAGGAUGUGGACUUGCAGUGAACAGCUGAUUGACAGCUGUUCUGGUGAGACAAUGACUUUAAGUGGAAUCAAUCAACAUGUUACAAAUACUAAUUAAUGAGACACUAUGAUUUUGUUUCAUAUCAUUUUUCUGUUAUAAAGGUAUUUUUUAUUUGUAUUGUUAUUCCUGUUUUACGUGCAUCUUGCUGCAUUCCCAAACUUAGAUCUCAUUCCUUCUAAAAAACAAAACAAAACAUAUCAUAUAAAAGCUUUAAAGGGUUUGUUCAUCAUCGGGAGGCCAUCCAGCCAGGUUUCCCCAUUUGGUCAGACCUGCUCCCCACCACUGGGCUCUGGCUCCUUCAGUUCUCGGCUAUCGCUGCCUCGCUCUA